UUUUGACUCGACACGCUGCACCCGAAUGAACGGCUCGGAAUAUCUUUCUUCCCCAAGUCAACCGCAUGCUGGCUCUGCGGAUUUCACAUUCGCUACAACCACGACACUCGAUCUCGUUGCUUCCACAUCAUCCACACAGCGGACCAUGAUCCCUCGGUAAUCAUGCGACCUACAUUUUCGCUACUGAAGCGCUCGAUCUGGAAGGGACCCAAUCUGGUACCCUUCCCUAACCUUCGACCGGGAGAGAAAGGACAUGUCAUACGUACACAAGCUCGAGCGGCGUCAAUAAUGCCGUUCAUGGUCGGUCUCAAAUUCUCGGUGCAUAAUGGAAAGACAUACAGCGACGUCUACGUGACAGAAGAUAUGGUUGGGAGGAAGCUUGGAGAGUUUGUCCCCACGAGAAAGAGGUUCACAUACAAACUCAGCAAGAACAAAUAGAGAAUUAGAGAAGUCGGGAAGCGAAGUGCCUGUACUGUUAUACGACGCAGAGGCGAUCUCUGGUCCAUUCUACUCCAAUAUGAGCCGCCUGUAUCGAAAUUUUCAAAUACGCGAAUUCAGGGACCAAACGGCAGGGCAUGUUUCUGGCCAACUGGAGGCCUAAGUGAUGAACUUCUGCAGCAAGGACGUGGCUCUCCCUUUUUUUGCCGAGGGGAUGACCUGAUGUCGUAGAUUUGGAGCAAUGAACAUGUCACACAUAUGUCUCUUUGAGUCACUGCUACAUUUUCUCCUGCCCUCAGGAGGAUGGUAUACAAAUGGUUUCGCCAUCCUUCUCCA